GCGUUGUUUACCUGCGCCAGCUGUGCGUCUGGAGCACCUGGGUCGGGUUUCAGAAGCAGUGGGCUGGACUGAAUAUCUCAGGACUUCACAGACAAGAGUUAAACACCGUUUAAAUGUUUUCCAACUUGCCAUGUAACACAUCCAUGCUCGGCGGGACUGAGUUCUAGGACUUUACGGCACGACAACCUCACAACUAUUACAGCUAUUCAAGGCAGCGAGUUGAAUGAAUUGGAGGUCACACAAACAGAAACACAAACACCAUGAACUCCCAGGGCAACUUUGGCAGCAGCUUUUUGUUUCAGUCCAUCAACGAUGAACUGAGCGCAUCUUUGGCCACAGCAGAUGAGCUUUCACGGGAAUUCAGCUCUCUCCUGUCAGAUGCCACUCCUGUCAUGCAAACCACUACUUCAGAGAGUUCUGGCCCCAAACCCCAGAGCAGCAGCAAUGGCAAUGGCAGUUUGUACAGCGCAAACAAGAAUGGAAAUGAGAGCAUCAGUACAAGCUUCUCCUUUUCCCAGAGCUCCAUGAGCAGCCUGAGCUCAGACUCCAGCAUCAGCAGGAAGGAAUCCAACCUGGACCUUCCUCCUGCUGUCACAGUUCGAUCUUCACCUCCUGCACCUCAUCUAGACAGUAUGAAAUUCAAGCCUUCAUCUCCUAGUCCUUUAACCCAGCAGCAUUCCUCUUUUACAAACCGUAAAGACAGCUCGGAUUCACGAUAUUCUUUCGACCAAAUUACUCCCCCUAAUAUGUCUCCAAAUUCAAUAAGACGAAUGACACAGAUGCCGUUGAGGCCUCAAGAUCGAAGCACAAGAGGAUCGUUGAGCUAUGGGGAGCUAUCCAGCCCUACCUAUGAAAACAAAACCUCUCGCACCUCGCUGCAGCCCUCAGCGAGCCCCUUGUCUUCGAUUCCUAGGUCUCCGAGGUUGGAUCGAGCACCUUCUCAGCCUUUUAGUCAACCAGCAGCCAGUACGCUACCACGCAACUUCCAGCCAUUCAGACCCUUAGAAGAAGGAAUGCAGAGGCAAAAGAACCCCCCUAAGUGGAAUGAGACUGACCUGGAUGCAUCAUACGAAAAAAAGCCUCACCACACCUAUGACAAGAAUGAAUGGAUCAGACCAUCUGUACCCAACAGCAACUGGAAAGAAUCAAACCUGGACGCACCUCCUGCUGCUAAGAAGAAUACUGUGUCCCGUUCGCUCCCAUCAUCCCACAGCUCGCUCCCGAGGAACACUCGUAUCUCAGUGCCCCCUGAACUCGCCUCAAGCACCAGCUCACCUUACGGCCCUCAGCCAAUCAGUUCCCGUAUCUCCAUUCCACCUGAAAGCUCUGGAGUCAGUAAGCAGAGGCCGAUCCCGCUUUCUGUCAUCAUGAGGCUCCAGAACCCGUACUAUGCUGCGGCUGUCACCAGAUACGCCCCUGGCCCAAUGGGAGAGCCCCAGCAUCUUCCCCUGCCCCGAGAGUACCUGCGGCAAAAUCGGACACCUCAACCUCCGCAACCUCAAAGACAACCUCCCUACUAUAGAGAAGCAGUACUUCACCCUGGAGAUGUUGAUGCGGAGCUUGAGAGACAGGACAAAACAGAAGGCCCUGUGUACUUAACUGACCAAGGCAUGAAACCAGAAGAGGGUAAAGUGGAGGAUACAGAGAUGCCUCCUCGCCCUCUCAGCCCCACACGUCUACAGCCCAUGGUGGCCCCACAGACAGAGUUGGACACUGACCUGGACGAAGUGAUGCGUAUCCGGGCCGAGUUCCCCAGGGCCCUGAAGAAACGCGGCUCAGUCGAAAUUCCUCAGACCCUGCACAACCUGCCCCUUACCCAACCGCACAACCAUUACAAGCAAAUGAUCAAUAAACUGUUUCGCAGGAAGACCAUCCGUGUCAAAGGAGAACCAGCUGCUGAAAGUAGCAGCUCUUCAGAUGGGGAAGACACUUCCAAAUCUGCUGUAGCUAUAGUUCCAGUACCAAUCACAGAGAUACAGGUCUCUUCCGAACAGAAGGGUAUUCACUCUAUCUUACGGAAGGGCAGCAAAGCCAAUAAAUCCUCCAGCCGUAGGGCUCACCUUAGCCCACUGGUGCUGAUGUUGGAUGGGUCUUUAGUAGGAGAGUUAGAAAUUGUGCAGAGGGCUGCGCAGGAGGUGAGUGACCCAAGCCAGGCUAAUGAUGAAGGCAUCACAGCCCUUCACAAUGCCAUCUGUGGUGGACACUUCCAAGUGGUGGAGUUUCUCGUGCGGAUAGGGGCUAACGUUAGCGCUCCAGACAGCCACGGCUGGACGCCCUUGCACUGCGCUGCAUCCUGUAAUGACCGGCAAAUGUGUGAGUUUCUGGUGCGGAACGGAGCAGCGGUGAUGGCCGUGACAGACAGUGAUGGGGCCACAGCGGCACAGAAGUGUGACCCCUACGCCCCGGGCUUCGAGGAGUGUGAGAGCUUCCUGAGAGGUGUGGAGGAAGCGAUGGGUGUAGAGAACAGUGGGGUGGUGUACGCUCUUUGGGGAUAUCCUGCCCAGGCUCCAGAUGAACUGAGCUUCAAAGAAGGAGACAUGGUGACCAUCCUGCAGAAGCCUGAAGGGGUGGACUGGUCAUGGGCUUCACUGUGUGGCAGGGAGGGCUUCGUACCAAACAACUACUUUGGGCUUUUUCCGAAAGUGCGGCCUAAAUCACUCUGCUGAACGCAUCCACGAACAUAGAAGACAAUAGCAAUCAAUGGAUCUGAAACAUGCAGACCAAGUCUGAAUGCAGGUUUCACAUGUGUUUGAAUAUGAGUUUUUUCUCUUCCUCCUUCCCUUUAAAUUGUGUUUAAUGAACAGCUAUGAUGGGAUUUUAAACAUGCACACUGUACAACUUUUCUCUAUAGACCACCACGACAAAGUCGCUUCACUGGGAAUAGUUUUAGCUUGUAAAGCUAAGCAGUCUACCUAUUUUAUUUGAGAAUAGGGAUUCAGUUUAAUUGUAUGAGCAAACUGAACUGGAUUUGAUACAUAAAUGCAUAAAGUCUCAUAAUUUGUUUGUUCGGAAAGGUUCAUUCUUUGUCUUGACUAAUGUUUUUCAGCACUGAGCAGGAAGGAAAUUCGUCAGUCUAUCAGUAUUGCUUUUGUUUAUGCUUACUUUGCAUGUUAGUGUAUCAGUUGUUAAUCAGUAAUGUUGCAUAGAUACAAAAAAGUUUUUUAGAUAUGUAUUUGAAUAACCUGUCCUAACUCAGCUUCGGAUUAUUUACAGUAUUCCACACCAAAACGUUAGCCUUUUUUAUGUAUUUUUAAACUUGUUUUUCCUGUCUGUUUUCACAGUGAUCUUUAUGUAGUAUGAAAUACGAGCUAAAGUUUUCUUCUCAAAACAAUGUACUCUCCAUGUGGGUUGUGUAUUAAAUAUUUGCUUUGAUGUGAGGGAAGUUUGUUUUAGAGGUGUGUGUGUGUGUGUGUGUAUGUGUGUGUGUGUGCCUUGUUGAAUCCACUGACUGUGACUGUUAAGACAAUGACAAAUUGUUACUCUCUGUAAUACUCUUGCACAAAAGGAAAAUAAAUAAAUACUAAUUGUAGGUUUGUUUGAUUCUUUACAGGACA